GUUUCCAUCCUCUCGGCCACCGUAUUUUCUGACAGGAAAGGGGACAAACUCACUCCAAGAUGGCGCUUCGCACGGCUUGUGCCGUUGCCUUGCGAACUGGGACAGAUUUAGGGGUCAACAAUGCGAGGACAUUCGUCACAACAGCUUUCCUCUGCAAACGGGUACCUCCUUUGGGUCCAAUGCCAAACGAGGAGUUUGAUAUGAAAAAUCUGCAGUCGGUGGAGAGGUAUCGCAGCUACAAUCGUUACUUCAGACAAGCCGAGGAGAUGAAGAACAAACCUGCCUGGUGGAAGACCUACAGGGGCUACGUGGAGAAAGCGGAUCCCGAGCAUGGCGCAGUGCGAGUGGACAUUGGACUGCCGUACUAUCGACCCUGCAGGCUCAAAGAAGUGAGGGAGAGGAGGCAGGUGAUGAAGGCCAACAAGGAGAAUGCUGACUUGGAGAGGGCUUGUCGUCUGCGCACUUUUAAAAUCCCUCUGGAUGUGGUGCAGGAAGUGUGGAAGAAGAACCGUGGUCCACUUCAUAUAAAGAAACUGGCAGACCACUACGGGGUCUUCAGAGAUCUCUUCCCCAUGGCCUAUUUCCUACCUCAAGUCUCACUCCACAUCUGCUACGGCCAGGACAACAGUGGUACAGUGCAUUUUGGGAAUCGGUUGACACCAACUGAAGCAGCAUCUGUCCCUCAGAUCAGCUUUGAUGCGGAGGACGGCUCCCUUUGGACCCUUCUGCUCACUUGUCCAGAUGAGCAUCUUCUGGAGAAUGAGGCAGAAUACGUCCACUGGCUAGUUGGGAACAUACCAGGCGGAGCAGUGCAGUCCGGGGAGGAGCUGUGUCACUACCUGCCCCCCUUCCCUGCCAAAGGAACAGGCUUCCAUCGCUACGUUUAUGUCCUCUUCAAGCAGGAGGGACCCAUCAACUUCCAGGAGGAUGUCAGGCCGUCGCCAUGCCAUUCUCUGGUGGAUCGAACAUUUAAGACGGUGGAUUUCUACAGAAAACACCAGGACAACAUGACGCCUGCAGGCCUGGCCUUCUUCCAGUGCCAGUGGGAUGAAUCUGUCACCAACACCUUUCACAACACACUCAGUGAGUCACGCCAAUGCGCACAAGCACACUGCAAGACAUGAGGGAGCCGGUGUUUGAGUUUAUCCGGCCUCCAGUGUACCACCCUCCACAGGUCAAAUACCCUCAUAGACAGCCCCUGCGCUACCUGGACAGAUACAGAGACGGAAAGGAGAACACAUAUGGAAUAUAUUGAUUAUUAGACACACACUCACAGAAAGGAGAAAACACAUUCAUUGCAAAUGUGUCGUUGUGUUUGGCAUAUUUAUGUUCAAAUAAUAAAGCAUUUUCCACCUGU